AAAUUCAACAAAUGGCGGACUUGGUAAAUUGAAAUGUGAAUUCGAUUGCCAUUUGAUUUAAAUUUAUAAAUAUAAUACUGAAUUAACUUUCUAUAUUUAAUUUACUGUAAUAUUUUAAAUGAUCAGUCUUUGUGAAAUAGGUAAAGUUAAUUAAAAUGUCUCGCUCAGUGCGCGCAGAAACUAGGAAUCGUGUAAAAGAUGAUAUCAAAAGAGUCAUGCAAGCGGUUGAAAAAGUUCGCCAUUGGGAGAAGAAGUGGGUGACUAUUGGGGAGACAACGAUGAAAAUAUACAAAUGGGUGCCGAUAUCCACGAACGAACAGAAGAAAAAGCAUGCUGCGAAACGAGAAAAUAAGGAGAACACUUUGACGCCGAAGAAGAUGCACGAUUCGUCGAAUUCCAACUUCGGCAUGGCUGAAGACUCGAACACAUGUUUCUCCACGGUGAGUGACUCUCAAGGCCCCACAGACUUCACCUCAACGCACAUGAACUUUUCCGAGGACUCCAACUCACAGAGCAGCGGCACCACCACACCUGCAAAGCGGUUAAAAACUGAUUGAGACUAAUAAGCCACCUCCUUGGUUUUGUAUCAUAUUUUAAGGUGGCUUCUCAUGGUGUGUGAUAGUUUGAGAACAGAAAACAUAAUAGUACCUGCCAGGUAAUUCACUCUACAAAGAUGAUUAAUUUUUAUUUAAAAAUUUAAUAAAUACCUUUUUUUCUAUAUAUCGUGUAAAUCGCGUCUUUACAUGUGAAUGAAUGAAGUACAGUAGCCUAGUGGUUAAGACUUCAGCCUCUUUUUUGGGGGCCCAGGGUUUAAUUCUGGGCAUGCUUCUAACUUUUUCGAAUUGUGUGUUUAAAGCAAAAUAUCACUUGCUUUAACAGUGAAAGAAAACCUGCAUAUCUGAGAGUUUUCCAUGAUAUUCUCCAAAGUAGUGUGAGGUCUGCCAAUCUGUACCUGGCAAGCUUGGUGCAUAAGCUUUAUCAUAUUAUGGCUCAAAUGUACUGGCUCAUGUAGGUCCUGGUUAAUACUAGUCAGGCAAGUACUCUUAUGGGGAUUCUAUACCUCAAAAGGUAAAAGAAACUUGUAGAAUCAUUUUGUUGUCUGUCUGUUGUGUCUGUCAAUUGAAGGGAAUCAAAGCCUAUAGGGUACUUGUUGACCUAGAAGCAUGAAAUGCAGGUAGCAAUGCCUUACAGCACAAGUAAAGGAAAAAAUUCCAAAACCGUGUAUUUGUAACUACCUAACAUCACAAAUUAAUAAUUAUUAUUAUUAGUAUCCACAACCAUAUAAUUAGUUUACUAAAUCACAACAAGAUGGCGCUGUUCAUCAUUAACUUGCAGUGAUAAAUUUUUAUUAUACCUACUAUUUGAGAUUUCUUGUAUAAUCGUAUGGAACCCUUCAAGUGUGAAUCUGACUCACACUUGACUAGUUUUUAUUCCUUUGAUGUAACUAGAUAUCAGAGAGAGUACUGUUUAUGCAAUCACAUCCCAUGAGAAGCUACCAUUACAGACUUUAUGACAUGGGACUUGUUUCCAAGUUUUUGUUAAAAACAAUUUAUUGUACAUUUUGCAGUGCAAGUGAAGUGAAGUCAUAAGUGUAAAAGUUGAUUUAGUUGCAUGUGGUAAUACAAUGAGAUUGAUUUAUGUAUUUAUAUUAUUUACAGUAGAGUUUGUUUAUGGUGUCUGUACCCUAAGCCUGAAAUCUAUAGAGCAUACUUUGACACUGCUUAGACUUAAGUUUCAGUUAAAAUGAGACAGAUUUAUGCCAGAUAUAUAAUGCUGUCUCGUUUUAACAGUGUUUUAAGCCUGAGCAAAGAAAGUGUGCUCACCCUAAGACCCAUUACGCAUGGUCGAUAGUUGUCUCAGUCGUCGACAACCACAACCAUUAGAAUCUGUAAUUUAUAUUAUGGAAGUGGCUCUAGUAUGUGAAUGAAGUCGCCGCGACUGCGUGCGUUAGAGCAAUAAAGGUCUUCACACAUUACACAGACUGCUCUGUCUUGGCUCACAAACUCACAACAUGGACAUAUGAGCUUUCUAUUGUGUUCCCGACUCUCGAACUCUAUGGCUCCCGACAUGCACCGCCUUGCCUCGUGCGGUUCGUAUUCUUGGACUGCUAUGGACAUACACUCACUACUUCAAGUCUGUUAUGUCAGCGGGUCGCCUCGCUCGCUGACGCUGUCGAUAUACUUGGAUUCUGUGUAAUCUGCGAAGAUCUUUAGAGCUAUGCACAGUUGAGUCGACCCGAAUCGUUUUGAAAAACAACUUAAACUCAGCUCAAUGUGUUUUGGCAUAUGGUUGAAAUUGGUAUUUAUAAAAACGGUGGAAAAAACUGGAACGCGUCCGUAAGAUCUUGCGAGAUAUGUCUUGGACGUCCACUCAGGGUUACAUCUGUUAGUGUGCACUGGUCAGUGUGCUAGUAACGUCCAGAUCCCUUACUCCACUCUGCUGGUGUGCGUUGUGUCUUACUAUGAGUUUGUACUUUGGGCCUCUCGAAAACAUUGAGUUUUUGAUCGCAAUAUGUAAUAAAAGGUGUUCACAUAAACAAAUUCUACUGUAACUAGUUUUUAUUUUUAAGUAGCUCCAUAAAUGAGAUAAUUUAAUUAUUAUAAUAUUGUAAGGUCUAAUUUUAAGGAUUCAAAGUUUGAACGUCAUAUGGUGUGCAGUGAGGGUAAGCACUAAUUUUAUCGAUUUUUAGGGUUUCAUAGUCAACAAGGAACCCUUAUAGUUUAUUUCGAACACGCAGCGAUGCAAGUGUUGUCGUUUUUUUUUUAAUUUAAAAACAAAAUGGGAUUUCAAACUUUGUGAGAUGUACCCGUUAGCUACAUUAUAAAAAUGAUCCAUCUCUAUUAAAGAUUGAUUAGUAAUUUGGGCAAUUAGGCGUCGGCCUUCAUAGAACGCGAUUAAUCAACCAUCAAGGAUUCCUUGUUUUACUACGGACCCUUGAACCCCUUUACAUCUUUAUGUUAAUGUUUUUGUGGUCCCAUAAAUCUUAAUUGAAAGGCCUCCUGUAAAAUAUUGACUAUUUUUAAAGUACAAUCUAAUAUUAUUGAUGAAAUGAAAUAUAACUUAUUAUUGAAAAUAAAUGUCAUUAAAU